AUGACCGGACUACGCGGUUUCGAAACCGGAAUCGCACUUCGUAAGACUCACCCUGGUCACUAUGCCCGGUGCAAUGUAUCUCAUCUCACCCGCCUUAGAAACACCACGGAAAGUGAAGGCUCUUCUUCCACGCGCACGCAGAACCAGGCGCAAGCUGCUCCAUCUUCACAGCCUGGCCAAGGACAAUCUCAACCAGCAGCUACUAACAGUGUGACUGCCACUGCCGCUUCCGCUGCCCCUGCCAACGCCAAUGGGUUGCGCAGCUCAGACUACUAUUUGCAGCUGGCGGAGAGGUUGUUGGUGACGACGAAGCCUGCGUCCACCCAAAAGGCAAAAGCCCAAAGCCAGUAUGGGGUGCCUGUGACGUAUUUCUUGGAGAAGCUGCUUUUCCAUAGAGCAAACAACGCUCCUGGAAACGCAUUGGCCUAUGUCGACAAUGACCGGUGGCUGAGUAUCAUUGCACUCUACGAGGAAGAGAUUGGCAUACAAUAUCCCUUUCUGAACCUUGACGAGCUGAGGCGCGAAAUCACAGAAGGCGACGUGAGGAAUGCGAAAGACGAUCAUUCGCGACAGCCAAAACCGCCACCCGGUGCCAAGGCCAGCCGCAUUCAAAUCGAGAACAUUGCAAUCCAUGUCUUGGCGAUUAUAUCCAUUUUCGCUGAUGCACGGACCAUUGAAAUAGCAAACCCAUGGGUUGAAGAGAUUUAUGCAGCAACAGUGGCAAGGACUCAGCUCGACAGCACUGUCAAUGCCGCCGAUUUGUGCCUCCUCAUACUCGCCACGAUAUUUUUCUUCCUUAGCGAUCGGGAAAUUCUUGCGUGGAGAGGAAUUGGUGUCGUUCUGCGAUUACUCCAGGAAAACAGUUCUCGAAACGCGGGAGACUUGAGUCUUCAGGACGGGAGCCAGAUUGCUACACCAGGUGAAAUGCUCUACUGGUGUGUCUAUACACUUGACCGACGUUGGAGCUUUGGCACAGAGUUGCCGUUUGCAGUACACGACUCCGAGAUUGAUCGCCACCCUAUGCUGGAUGGCGACUCACUUUCUACAUCCUACGUCUUGAGCAUGGUCUCCUAUUGCCGAAUCUCAUCAGAUGUGAGGAAAUGGCUACUGGAACCGAUAACUGGCUCCACGUCUGAUAUGACACGCGACUUCCUCGAUUUUCGCAUUGUUCAGUGGAAGCGUAACCUGCCAGCUAAGCUCCAUCACGAUACCACCAGGAAAUACGAUCCUUCGAGAGACAAUCGUGGCGACUAUAGGAUCUGCUUGCUCCUUCAUUUAAGAGCAAACCAAAUGAGAAUCAUUGUACACAGGACAUCGGCAAAUCGCCUCGGAGCAGCUAGCCUCGAUCCAUCAACAGUCAACGUUCUAGCUGAUGUUUCCCAUGAUACCAUUCGAGCUCUUGUCCGCUUGGCCGACGAGACGGACAUUUAUCAUGCACAACAUAAAACGUUCAACCACUUUCUCGAAUCUGCCCUUUCAUCAAUGCUGCUUGUGCUGGGGAGUAUCAGCGACGACAUAGCCCGAGCCUCGUGCCUUCAGGAUGCGUUUGACGCCGUAGACCUAAUCCAGCGACUUUCAUUAACAUCCCCCGUCUCACAGCGGCUGUUAGAACGGCUACAUAACAUUCAUGAGGCCAUGGAUAGCUUUCGCGCUCGAGGUAGCAGGGCCACGUCGCAAAUGUCAUCUAGUCUCGACGGAGCCACAUCAAUGGCACAAUCCGCGUACAGUCCGGACCGGCCUGCAGGGCUUGUACGGCUGGAUAUGGAGCAAGGCCAGGGCAAUAAUUCGAGAGUGAACGUCCCAUUAGCAAGACCCCCCGAGCAGACACUUUCAAUUCCCACGUUACCCGGCCGAGGUAUGAGCGAUAGAGAUCAGCACCAGCGCAGUAACCUGGGCUAUUUAGAAGCCAGCCAAGCAAUGACCUCGCCGCCGCUGCCGUAUCCUCACACAUCCUCUGCUGGCAUUCCCACUCUUCCAUCAAAUCUGCCACAGUCACGACGUGCGUUUGAAGUGCCAGGAAAUAUCCUCAGUAUGGCUAAUGAGUUGCCCUUUAUGAACUUUCCCGAGCUGGGACAAUUUUUGGACGAGAAUCCAGUCAUUUUCACCUUCUAG